AUGGAAGCAACAAAAAUAUGUAGGUUGGUUAAGUGCAUAAAUCGGUUCAAGAGGGCAAUAUUAUUUAACCAUGGAGUAAAUAGAUGUUUUUCUGAUGUAAACUUUAUUGAUAAAGAACAGGUUAGUAAUAAAGAACACGAUGAUGAAGAUUUUUUUGGUGUCAAUUGCAAUUCAAUAGGAACUCAUGCUGAGGCCAAGCACAUCGAUUCUUAUGCAGAUAAAAUGGAAGUUGUCAUUGAAAAACGCCUGCAGGACAAUGAACUCUAUCGGGAUAACUUUGAAUCGGCAAAAAAGAAUAACAGUAAAAAAUUAGAAAAGUUAAACACACCAGUUGAGAAGAUUCGUCAGCCUGUCAGAAAUACUGUUCAAACCCAAUCACAAGACCAUGUUGAAAUGUAUAAGGCGAAUGCUGAAGUGUACACAAAUACACAAAGGUCAUUUGACAGAACUGAUGUUCAAAGUGUAAAAGAUAAAAGCGUUCACUCAACAUCUGAUGAUUCUUCCGUGUAUAAUCUUGCAAUCAGAAUAAGGGAAAAAAUUCAGAAAGACAACAAUAUUAAUUUGGUUGGAAAAAUGAAUCCAAAAGAAUUCAGCAAGGAUGGAUACAAAAUUCUUAAAAACCAGAUUCCACACUUGCAGAAUGCAUCAACAGUAGAUAUUGUAGCCGUGCUUCGAAAAAGUAUUAUUUACAACAAAAACGACAUAGUUGCAAUCACUAAACCUUAUGGAUUGCCUUCACAUGGAGGUCCUGGCAUUGCUCAUUCAGUCGGUGACUUUGUUAAUGAUAUUAUACCAAACAACACACUGUAUCCAGUUCAUAGACUAGACAAAGAAACAACAGGUGUAAUGAUUUUAGCUAAAAGCAUUGGUAUGGCCGAACUUUUGACCGAACACUUUGUUUAUAAACAUGAUGUUGUUAAAAAGUACUUGGUUAUUACUAAGAACAUUCCAGAAAUAGAAAUGGGGCAGAUAGACAUUCCUAUUUUGGAAGGAACUGUUGAUGGCCGUGCUAGAAUGGCACUCAGACCAUACAACACACCAGAGUUACAUGCUGUGACUGAGAAACGGUCACCAGGACAGACUGCAGUGACUAGAUAUAAAGUUUUGUCAAAAGGAUCUCACUGUGCACUGCUUGAAUGCAUGCCGUUAACAGGAAAAAAACAUCAAGUUAGGGUGCAUCUGGCAUUUGGCCUCAAUUGUCCAAUUUUAGGUGAUCAUAAAUAUGCACACUUACACAAAAUGGCUCCAAUGAGAUUGCAUCCGGAUAUUCUUGAAAUGUUAAAGAUAUCACAAAGUGGUGUGAGGCAUUUGGCAAUGCAUUUGCAUGCAAGGUCUAUCAUGAUACCUAAUUUUAGUAAUGGUCAAGCAGUGUUUGUUUCUGCACCUCUUCCUCCUCACUUUGUUCGCAAUUUGAAUGAUUUGAAGCUCAAAUUGCCUCCACAUACAUAGCGCUGGAUAUUUUGUGUUCAUAAUAUUUUUCUUUUUCAUACAAACAAAGCAAAUAAUUAAAUUUCAACUGGUCUUCUUACAUGAUAUGUUAAAAUGGUACAAUGUACCUUUUUAAAGAUUUUUUUUUUAAUUUUAUUUCAUUUAUAAGAAACUGUUUGUGUACUUCUAUCAACAGAUUUCAAGAUGUGAACUCCUAUAAUGGA